GAGAAGUGACGUCGUAAAAACGCGACCAGUUCGGGCAUGAUGACGUAUGAUUCAUCAUGAGCAGACUGUUUACUGUUUUCCACUAAAACUUUCCAUUUAACGCUGUGUCAUGUCGGUCAUGGCAACAUUAGAGGGUUUGGAGAAGACGAGUGAGGAUCCGGAAACAUCGGGGAAGACGUGCACCCGGUUUGACCUGGAGAAGGAGACCGAGCUCCGGUUCGAGGUGGAGGCAGGUGAUGGGUCAGAUCAGGUAGAGCUGGAACUCAUCUCAGGACUGGCCGAAGUGUUUGGAUCAGAGCUGAACCGCAACAAGAAGUACACAUUUGGACCGGGCUCCAAGAUUGCAGUUUUCACCUGGCAAGGGUGCACUGUGAAUCUGUACGGAAAACCUGAAGUUGCUUACGUGUCCAAGGACACACCUAUGUUGCUCUACUUGAACACACACGCUGCCCUGGAACAGAUGAGAAAACAAGCAGAGCGAGACAACGAGAGGGGACCGAGGGUGAUGGUGGUGGGACCUACAGACGUUGGGAAGUCCACAGUGUGUCGGCUGCUUCUCAGCUAUGCUGUGAGAGUUGGAAGGAGGCCAACACUCGUGGAGCUAGAUGUUGGACAGAGUGGGGUAUCUGUCCCAGGAACCGUGUCGGCUCUGUGCAUCGAGCGCCCGGCUGAUGUGGAGGAGGGUUUCUCCGUUCAGGCUCCUUUGGUGUACCACUUUGGCUCGACUACUCCAGGGACCAAUAUCAAACUUUACAACAAGCUGACGUCGUGUCUUGCUGAGGUGUUUUCUCAGCGCUGUGAGGUAAACCGGAAGGCCAGCGUGGGAGGCUGCAUCAUCAACACCUGCGGCUGGGUGAAAGGUUCUGGAUAUCAGGCUCUGGUCCACUGUGCCUCCACCUUUCAGGUGGACGUGGUGCUAGUGUUGGACCACGAGAGGCUCUACAACGAGCUCAAGCGAGACCUGCCUCACUUCGUGCGAGUCGUCCUCCUGCCCAAAUCUGGUGGCGUGGCAGAACGCUCCAAGGAGUGCCGGCGAGAGACCCGGGACGAAAAGAUCCGCGAGUACUUCUAUGGCUUCCGCGGCUUGUCCUUCUUCCCUUUCUCUUUCGAAGUGCGCUUCUCGGACGUGCGCAUCUACAAGAUCGGGGCGCCGUCCAUCCCGGACUCGUGCUUGCCUCUGGGGAUGUCUCAGGACGACACGCAGCUGAAGCUCGUACCCGUGACGCCAGGGAGAGACCUGACGUAUCACGUUCUGAGCGUGAGCAGCGUCGACGACGGGGAUGAAGACGCCAGAAAGAGCAUCGUGGAGAGUCCUGUGUGUGGUUUUAUCGUGGUCACUCAUGUUGACACUCAGGUGCAGGUGAUGAAAGUGUUGUCCCCCGCGCCCAGACCGCUGCCCAGGCACACGCUGCUCAUCAUGGACAUACGCUUCAUGGACAUGAAAUAAAGACAUGUGACAAGUCCUGAUGGAUUUUUUUUUCUUUUGUAUAAUAAAAAGGAAGGUGUUUAAUUUGUAUUUGCUACAAAUUUUACUCUGUUUUGUAGUGUUCACUGUACCGAUGUUUUUAUAAGUGCAGGAAUGGUUUUCUUGAUAGUUUAUUUUAGCAAACAACAUUUUAUUCUUAAACAAUAAAUUUUGUUGACACCAGCUGUUCCUCGAUCCAGAAAAAAAAA